AAAGAAUUUCACACUACUCCCCACCUGCACACUCUCACUCUCUUUUUCCACAACUUUCAGUCUCUCUCUCUCUCUGCAAAACCCCUCUUGUUUCUUUCUUUCUUUCUUCUACUUCUUCCAUGGCAGUUCCAAAGCUUCUACCUUUCUGCAUUAUCAUCUUCACACUCACAACAAACCCCGUCUUUCCCAUUUUGUCCCUCUCUUCUACCUUGGAAACUGAGCUUCUUUUAACCAAAAUCAAACCCUCUUUACAAGGAAACUCGGACAACAUUCUACUAGCUUCUUGGAACACAUCUGUGCCUCUUUGCCAGUGGAAAGGACUCAAAUGGGUCUUCACAAAUGGGUCAGCUCUCAGUUGCAGUGACUUAGCUUCUCCACAAUGGACUAAUUUGAGUCUCUUUAAAGACCCUCUUGUUCAUGUAGCUUCUCUGCAGCUUCCUUCAGCUGGGCUUUUUGGGAAAGUUCCAAGAGAACUCGGUGAGCUUUCUAACUUAAAAAGUUUGUAUCUUGGUGUUAAUCAUCUUGUUGGGGAGAUUCCUCUUGAGCUUGGUUAUAGUAGUUCUUUAUCAGAUAUUGAUUUAGGGAAUAAUUUGUUGAAUGGCUCUGUUCCUACAUCGAUCUGGAAUCUGUGUGAUCGUCUCAUUUCAUUUCGUGUUCAUGCUAAUUUUUUGUCUGGUGCUGUUCCUCGACCUGCAUUGCCUAAUGCUACUUGUGAUAAGUUAGAGGUUCUUGAUUUUGGGCAUAAUAUGUUUUCGGGUGAUGUUCCGGAGUUUCUAACUAGGUUUACGAGUCUUAAGGAGCUUGAUCUUGGAAGUAAUAUGUUUUCUGGGUCGAUUCCUGAGGGGAUAGUUGGGUUAAGUUUGGAAAAGUUGAAUCUUUCUUAUAAUAAUUUUACUGGAGUUGUGCCAAAUUUUGGGGGAUCGAAGUUUGGUGGGGAUGUAUUUGAAGGGAACAAUCCGGGGCUUUGUGGGGGACCUUUGAGGGGUUGUACUGGUAGUUCUGGAUUGAGUUCUGGUGCAAUUGCUGGAAUUGUGAUUGGUUUAAUGGCAGGGGUUGUGGUUUUGGCGUCACUGCUGAUUGGGUAUGUGCAAGGGAAGAAGAGGAAGAAUGAGGAUGAUGAGGAGUAUGAAUUGGCGGACGGGGAGGAUGAUGAAAAUGGUGGCGGUGAGGGGAAGCUGAUAUUGUUUCAAGGUGGUGAAAAUUUGACUUUGGAAGAUGUUUUAAACGCAACUGGACAAGUUAUGGAGAAGACGAGUUAUGGGACUGUUUAUAAGGCGAAGCUUGCUGAUGGAGGAACCAUUGUCUUAAGGCUGUUGAGGGAUGGUAGUUGCAAGGACAGAAAUUCAUGCUUGCCGGUGAUCAAGCAGUUAGGCCGAGUUCGACAUGAAAAUUUGAUUCCACUGAGAGCUUUCUAUCAGGGAAAGAGAGGAGAAAAGCUUCUUAUAUAUGAUUAUCUACCUAAUAGAAACCUCUUUGAUCUCUUACAUGAAACAAGGGUUGGAAAGCCGGUAUUGAAUUGGGCCAAACGACACAAGAUUGCCUUAGGUAUAGCAAGAGGGCUAGCACAUCUUCAUACCAGUCUUGAAACGCCAAUUACUCAUGGUAAUGUGAGGUCAAAAAAUGUUCUUGUUGAUGACUUCUUCGUGGCGAGACUCACUGAGUUUGGACUUGACAAGCUGAUGAUACCAAACGUAGCUGAUGAAAUUGUUGCACUUUCCAAAGCUGAAGGUUGCAAGGCACCUGAACUACAGAGGAUGAAGAAAUGCAAUUCUAGAACUGAUGUUUAUGCUUUUGGGAUCUUACUAUUAGAGAUUUUGUUAGGGAAAAAACCCGGGAAAGCAAGAAGCGGUAGUUAUCUUGAUUUGCCAUCAUUAGUGAAAGAAGCUGUAUUAGAAGAAACAACGAUGGAAGUUUUUGAUGUUGAAGUUUUGAAGGGGAUAAGGAGUCCAAUGGAAGAUGGAUUAGUGCAAGCAUUGAAGCUUGCAAUGGGUUGCUGUGCUCCGGUGGCUUCAGUCCGACCUACGAUGGACGAAGUUGUAAAACAGUUGGAAGAAAACAGACCAAGAAACAGGUCUGCUUUGUAUAGUCCUACUGAAACUAGAAGUGAAAUUGGUACCCCAUUUUAAUUUUAGCUUUUCCUUAAAAGUAUGAACUAGUAGCUUCUUUAACUUAUGAUUUUGAAUAGUAUUUUUAUCAUAAUGUAAUUCCAUUAUUCUAUUAAUUGCAUUUUCUAGUGUU